ACACUGACUGACAUUUUUCACAAAUGUCCACAGUGUCCCUCAAACCUCUGAAAAGCAUGGAUGGCUAAGAUGUUCUCAAGGAAAGUUUUUAAAACACAUUUUAGUCUGUCGAUGCUGCAGGUGACUUCUGACACAUCUGUAUGAGUUUUCAUCCGUGGCGCGCACUGCAGAGGACAUAACCGGAGCGAUGGAAAGUGUUUUCAACGACAGUGACUUGUGGCAGCUAAAUGACACAUGGCGAAUCUCUUCACUGUCUAACGGUACCGGUUCCUUAAAUCAAACCAACCCCCUGAAAAGAAACGAGGAGGUGGCCAAAGUGGAGGUGACUGUGCUUGCGCUGGUUCUGUUCCUUGCGCUCGCUGGGAACCUGUGCGUCCUGCUGGCUAUCCACAGUGCCAAACACAGCCAGUCACGGAUGUACUACUUCAUGAAGCACUUGAGCAUCGCAGACCUAGUGGUGGCCGUGUUCCAGGUCCUGCCGCAGCUCAUUUGGGAUAUCACGUUCCGCUUCUAUGGGCCAGAUCUUCUCUGCCGACUGGUCAAGUACCUGCAGGUGGUCGGGAUGUUCGCCUCCACAUACAUGCUCGUGCUUAUGUCCAUUGACCGCUGCCUGGCCAUCUGUCAGCCGCUGCGCUCUUUGAACCGCGGCAAGGACCGCAUCUAUGUCAUCUGCUCAUGGGUCAUGAGUCUGGUCUUCAGCGUACCCCAAAUGUUUAUCUUCUCCCUCCGGGAGGUGGGCUCCGGGGUCUAUGACUGUUGGGGGGACUUUGUGAAGCCAUGGGGCGCCAAAGCGUAUAUCACAUGGAUCAGUCUGACCAUCUACAUCAUCCCCGUGGCCAUCCUAAGUCUGUGUUAUGGCCUCAUCAGCUUCAAAAUAUGGCAAAAUUUUAAGCUGAAAACAAGGCGCGAACAGUGUAUCAGUCUGACACCCAAGACUUCCAAGGGCAACACACUGGCGCGCGUGAGCAGUGUCCGACUCAUCUCCAAAGCCAAGAUCACCACUGUGAAGAUGACGUUCGUCAUAGUGUUGGCGUACAUCGUGUGUUGGACCCCCUUCUUCUCCGUCCAAAUGUGGUCUGCGUGGGACCCUGCUGCGCCCAGAGAAGCGAUGCCUUUCAUUAUAUCCAUGCUGCUGGCCAGUCUGAACAGCUGCUGUAACCCCUGGAUCUACAUGUGCUUCGCGGGGCACUUGUUCCAGGACCUGAGGCAGAGUUUCCCCUGCUGCUCUCAGCGCUACUUCAAGUCCUCCCAGUACCACUGUGACCGCGACUUCAGCUCCAGCCAUAAGAGCAACUCCUCCACCUUUGUCAUCAAGAGCACCAGCAGCCAGCGCAGCAUCACACAGACAUCCACCACAUAGACUGACACCCUCCCCCACAGACACUCAUUUGUAAAUAACCCAUAAUGCCUCUGGACACUGGG